AUGCGAUUUGCUACUGCCUUUGCUGUCCUUGCUGCCGUCGCUGCUACCGCCGGCGCUGCCCCCACCGGUCAGCAGGAGUCUGCCAGCCUCUCCUUCUUUGGUCCUCCUCCUUCUGGCCCUCCUCCUUCUGGCGUUCCUCCCUCCGGCGUUCCCCAGCAGAAGAUGGGUGCCUCUGGUGAAGCUCCUUCUGGACCUGCCCCCUCUGGCAACCCUCCUCCUCCUGCCUCUGGAUCUGGUUCUGCCGUCGCCCUGCCUCUCUCUGGCGCUGCUCAGCAGAGGCGAGGUGAUGUGAGCUCUGCCGCUCCCCCUCCUCCCCCUCCUCCCCCUCCUUCUGGCUCUGGCUCUGCCGCUGGCCCUCCUCCUUCCGGCGCUCCUCAGCAGAAGCGACAGGAUGCCUCUGGCGCCCCUCCUACUGGCGAGCCUCAGUCUGGUGAUGCCAUGGCUACUGCCGUCUUCUAG